AGUAAAACGCGCGACAUUUUGAACAAAACAGAAAACAACCAGCAGCUUUAGCCUACUUUAAAGCGUUAAAUCUGCAAACUCGACUGAAAGCAACGCCUUUAAGCAUUCCGACAUGUCCAAGAGAGCACCGAGAGCAACCUUGAAGUUUCACAUGAAGAGUAACGCGGAUAUACGGAUUGGAAAAGACGCGGAUUUGAUGGCCCAGCUGAAUCUUCUGGUUGUCCUACAUCAUCUGGCAGAGGAGUCCAGGGUCAAAGCCUUCGAAGAGAAAUCAGCAACUGUCAAAGUUCACCAUGUCACAGCUGCCGCCAAGAAACUGUUAAAGAGUGUACGUGGAUAACCCAGAUUCAGACUGGAACCAUGGACUGAUGAAGAAGAAUUUAUUUGUCUUUUUUAUGUUUGUAAGUGGUCAGACCUCUCACAGCUGUUAUUGGGGUGUCAUCAAUGUUCAGUUCCUGUUAAACUUUUGUUUUUUUAAUAGUCACAGGAAAGAUUUAUGUCAAGUGUAGAUGAUAGUCAGAAAUCAAAAGCAGCUCUUCUGAUCAAACUAUUACUUAAUACCUGUUAAUAAACCAUUUGCAGCACUUAACUUUGGUAACAUAGUUAAGUAACCGUCCAGAGGUUCUUUCCUCGCUCUGUAAAACAACAGGAUGUUUGGCUGGUGGCCAUCGACAACAGUUGGACCAUUAUCUGCGGCUGCUCACGAAAGCAGGUUUUAGCUGGAAAGUUCACUCGGAUGAUGUUACUUUAUCCUGUGUUGACUCGGUGUCAAAUGCACCGCUUGUAAUGAGGUAGUAAUGAUUCAAUUUGAAAACAAAAUUCUGUCUAACCUCCCCAUGAGAAAAUACUUGGGCAAAUUUAUGCAACCUGUCAAGAACAUUUCCGCAUCAUUUUCCAACCAAAAAUUGUGACAUUAUUUUCAUGUCAUUGCAGACGUUUGUGAGAUGAACUCGCUUUCUAAUUUUAUUUUUCCAAUAUUCAAUAAAGUCUUAUUUCA